CUCGCCCCACCAUAUUGUACAAUAACCUCUAGAGCUCCUGUACAGGGGACUGUCGCACACUGCUCGGCGCUCGCUCUACUAUCAUACCAAGAAUCCUUGGUGUGCCUUAACUUUGUGCCAAAACCAACACAAGUCUUCUAAGAGAGGUAUGAUGAAGUGCAAUAAGUGAUUACUUACAUUGACAGCAAUGAUCCUAAUUUUGGUACAUCUCCUGCUCUUCCAUCUCUCUUAUUCAGCAAAUGAUUGUUGGUGGAGCGGAUGCCAACCAAACACCUGGGCUGUAACUGGUUGUGGCCAGUACAAUAGGACUCAGCAAGACAUCAGAGGGUGUGAAGGUGGUUCAGAAUACUACUGUUGUACACUGGACACAACAACAACAACGACUCCCGCCCCUCAAACUGGUUGUUGGUGGACUGGUUGUCAACCCAACAACUGGAAAGUAACAGGUUGCGAACAAUAUAGUCUCGUGCAAAAUAAUAUCCAAGACUGUGAAAAUGGACACAAAUAUUUUUGCUGCCCUGAUAGUAACCACCCAAAGCCGCCAUUGCCGACAGAUCUUGACACGUCUGAGUGUGUUUGGUCUCCGUGCCAGCCAUCAAACUGGACCGUGAGGGGUUGUCCUCCUCGGAUGAUACAAAUUGGCUCCCAGUCUUGCGGAGAAGGACAGGGAGACAUUUUUCAGUGUUGUGAAAGCAAACAAAUACCCGAUGAUGACGAUACAAACUUAAUUACAGGAGAAUCUUUCCAGAAUUUUGUUAAAUACUUAUUAAUCAAAGGUAAAAAUUUUACAGUAGAACCAGACAGUUUACCAUGUAUAUCUAUUGAUGUAGAAAAGAAGUCCAUACUAAAAAUUAAAAAUGAAGGAAUUCGCACUUGUGACUUGUGCCCUUACUUUCCACAAAAAAGGUUUGUAAAUGUUUUCUUAUCGAAUGAGCCUUUGGACGUUGAAUCUAAUUUACUCUUUCCAGAAUGUUUCGGUUCUUGCUUUGACAGAGAUGACUGUGUGGCAUUUAGCUAUGACUAUUCCACUCAUACUUGCUAUAUAUUCAAUAAUACAGUCGGAGUUUUCACCCAGAGCUCACAAUGGACAACCGUCUUUAUGACACAACCAAUGGGGGUUUUGGAAAACUGGUCUUAUUUUCGACAUACUUCCAUAACAGGAGAGGGUUUCAAACAAUCACGAGAACAAAACUUCAAAGAAUGUUUAAAAAAAUGUAACCACGAUGAUAAAUGUAAUUAUGUGUCGUAUUCUAUAAAGACUCUUGACUGUGUUAUGAUUACUUCUCAAGAUAAAAUACAGUAUAUAGACAUGAAAUAUGGAUUUAUCUCUGCUUUUAAAAUAACAUCUCUUCCAUUUUCUAGGGAUGCUAGUUCUAGGUUCAUUGAAAUUGGAGAAGAAAUCUUUGGCCAAGACCAAUCUUCCGAUAUAAAAAAGAAUGAGUGCGCUUCAAUAAGAAAUGAAACUCAUUCAGCAUUUUAUUCUAAAUCAUGUUUCACAUAUCCAGGAGUUGGGUGUGAUUCAGUGACAGGGUGCAAAACCUGUUACUACCCUGAGAACACAAAUGAUUUUUAUAAUCUGAUAAUAUGUCCAGACAGUAAAUGGGUUGUAAAUGAAAAUAUCAAACAAUCUAUUCAAAGUGAUUUGAUGUCAUGUUUAAAAGAUUCAUUCUGUAUUGCUCUUGGAUAUGACACAAGAACAAAAAACACAAAACAGUUAACUAUCGAGGACCUUCCGGGUAACAAUUCCCCAACAAAAUUUAUAAUGAGAUAUCCAAUAAUACUUACAGAAAAUCAGAAGCUAAUAAUGAACCACGAUUUGUUGUCCAGCUAUGAUAUUGAAAGGAUAUCAAAUGAUAAUAACUCUUUUCAUGAAAUAAGUGGAAAGUCUUUCAAAGAGUGUUUUAAUAUUUUUGAUUCAAGCAAUUCUUACAUAAGAAUGUCUUAUGCAAAUAAGAUGUGCAAAAUUUCAUCUAAAGAGGUUAAAUAUGUAAGGAGUGAUAGAUUUAUCACUGUUUUCAAAAAACCAGAUAUAACCUCACCCAUUAUUAACUAUGUAAGAACACCAGGCUUUUCGAUAGAAGAAAAUAAAGCUAAACAGAGUUUUGGCCCAUGCACAAACUGUGAAAUAGACUGUGCCAUUAAGUGCAACAGUGAAUUUAAGAGUUGGUGUUCACAUUUUAUGGUAAGGCACGAUCACAAUAAAGCAGAAUGCUUCUUCUAUGACUUGUUUAGUGAUACAGCAGCAAAUAAUGUAAUUCUUCAGCAAAUGGAUAAUAAACAAAUAUUUACCAAAGUAAGUAACCUAGAUUUUACCCUUGAUUCUUUGAAUAAGCUUAACCCUUUCCAAAGUUCUGACAUUCUCAAUUGUUUCCAGCCUGAUUCUGACAAUAAGCAAACAGAAACAUCUUUAACACGUUUUGAUAUAAGCAAUAGUAACAGUGACAGUGCAGUUCAGCUUAGACAAAAGAGAGGGAUUGGAGAUUUCUUUAAAGGAAUAGGAAAAGCUCUUAAAAAGGUUGGUGAAGUUUUUGUUGACACUGUUAAAGAUACAGCAAAAGCUGUCGUUGAUACAGCUAAAGGAGUUGUAAAUACUGUAAAAAAUGUUGUUACUGGGGACUUUGAUAAAGCCAAAGAAUCGUUUGUUAACAUACCAAUUGUGAAAGAUGUAUCAAAUGCAGUAGAACUUGGUAAAGCAGUUGUUACAGGGGAUUGGGACAAAGCGAGGGAGAAAGGUUCUGAACUCUUACAAGGUCAAGCUUUAGACAUUGCAACAUCUUUGAUCCCGGUAGGUGGGAAAUUUAUUGGCAAAGGGUUAAAAGCUAUAGGAAAAGCAGUAAAAAAGAAACCAUUAGGUCCCAAAAAAAUAUCAAAACGUGAUGUAGACGGAGUAAACAAUAACAAUAGGAAAGUCCCUGAAAAUAAAAAAAAUGUUGAUAAAAAUAGGAGGAACUGUAAAAAGAGGCCCAAGAGAAUGGCAAAUAAAAGACCUAGACCUGGUAGUUGUGAUAGUGAUGAUGAUGAUGAUGAUGAAGAUAAUUUAUGUCCAACCGUUAGUAUACCUAAUGUUAUACAACGUACAUUAGUAUCAGGAUGUUCAAGUAGGAAAAAGGGUGCAAUUUGUGACUUUGAGUGUGAACCUGGAUAUCAGGAACCAAAUAGCCAAGUUAAAUGUGUUGGUAGAGGGAAUCAGCGACCAACAUGGAUACCAACACCAACCUGUGAUAGAAUUAACUGUGGUGCCAUUCCAUAUCCUCUCAUUUCAUUACAAACCCCUCAGGUUAACAAGCUUGGUUCUACUGUUUUUGGACAUUUUGUAACAGUUUAUGUUGCACUUUUCAACUUAUUCCGCAAGCUUCCUGUAUGGACUAUAGCUCUUCAUCAGAGUACUCAGUUUGGAAGUAAAGAUUACGCAGCUAGUAAAGACCUACUGAGAGCUCAUGGUUAUAAACCUUUCCCUUGCACACAACUGGCAAGGUAUCAAGGAUCUCCAUCAGAUUACAGUGGAAAACCAUGGGAUCAAGGACAUUUAACCCCUGCCAAUAUUGCAAGGUGGUCUGAAAAAGCAAGACUUAGUUCAAAUCUAUAUAUAAAUCUUGCUCCACAAGAUCCAUUCACCAACCAAGGACCAUGGAAAAGAUUAGAAACUGCAGUUGAAUGUUUCAGCAGGAAACGUCGAAGUCUUGUUGCUACCGGAUUAUGUAACAAUAACAUCGGGAAAACCAAUACACUUGAAAUUCCUUCAUGCUAUUGGAAAAUGGUAUGCUACAAAGAUGAAAAUUUGAAGGAACAAGUUGUUGGUUUCAUGGCAAGUAAUAAUCAUCCAGCAAACAAAAAAGAAAAGAACCUAAGAAGAAAACAAGUCUAUACACCUUUAUCACAAUACGAGAUUCAAAGAGAACUUCAAGCAUUAAAUCUAAAUAUAAGAAGCCCGUGGAUACAUUCAGCUUCUAGCAUUAAUGCUGGUCGUCCUGUUGCAGUUGGAACCGAUGCUUCGGUUUGGUUUCCGGUAAACCCAUUUGCAUGUGAAAGAGCUGAUACUCUGUCAGAAACUGAGAAAAAUGCUUGGAUUCAAGGGUUACCUGAGGUAAAAGAUAAGAAAAAGAGAAGGAAAAGAGAAACUACUCCAGCAAUCACACGCGGGUGUCAUAGCACCUCAGAACUAAGAAACAUGCAGUCACUCUUAGGAAUAAUUUCAGAUGGAGAAGAUGGUGAUGAAGACGAGCUUGGAUCUGGUUCACAAUUUGAAGAAGGUGGAGGAAGUACGCUGGUUAAUGUCCAAAACUGCAAUAAACGUAUAAUUGGUUACUAUACAUCUUGGGGAAAGAAGAAAAUCAGUGGUAGGGAAUUAAGGAGAUUAACACAUGUAAUUUAUGCAUUUUUAGAAAUGAAAGAAGAUGGAACCAUAGAUGUAGGCUCAGCUGAUAGAAAAAAUGCACAAAAUAUUAAUGAUGAAGUAAAAAAUGCUAAAGAGCGUUUAGAAAAUCUAAUGGAGUUGGCAGCUCUGCAUCCUCAUGUCAAAAUUAUGUUUGCAGUAGGUGGUUGGGAGAAUUCUCAGUAUUUUAGUGAUGUAGCUGCUAGCCCACAAAAAAGAAUAACUUUUAUAGCCUCCAUAGUAAAAAUGAUCCAGCGAUAUGGAUUUGAUGGUGUUGAUAUUGACUGGGAAUAUCCAGUAACUGGAGGUGCCAAUGAGGGUAUUCCACAAGAUAAACAAAACUAUGUUAAUCUGAUGAAAGAAAUAAGAAGUGCUUUGGAUAACUUGGCCAGUGAGGUAAGAAGAGGAGAAAAGUUCUUGUUGUCUUUUGCAGGAGCUGCAGGGCAGUGGACACUAGAUCCAGGAUUUGAUUUGCCAGGAUUGCUAAAGCAUGCUGAUUUUGCAAACAUAAUGAGCUAUGAUUAUUUUGGAGCCUGGUCAAGUAAGUGGGGAGCUUAUACAGGACCUCCAUCACCUUUGUAUUUUGGAAUGCCUCCAAGAUUUUCUGGUAAAACAAAUGUUGAUUGGACAGUAAAAUAUUACACAUGUAAAACGCAACUGCCGCAUAAGAUAAAUAUAGGUUUACCAUUCUAUGGAAGAUUUUGGAAAAAUGUUGGUCAACCAGUAGAUGGCAAGGAUGGAAUGUGGAGAACUGCAGAAAGAGUAAACGGUGUGUUUGAAGGGGGAUAUAAGGCAUGGAACGAAAUACCUGAGUUUUUAGAAACAGGGGGGUUUGAACAAAAUUUCCACGAGAAAAGUCGUACUCCAUAUGCUUGGAAUCCAGCAUCUAAAACAUUUUUAGGAUAUGAAAACAAAAAAUCUCUCGAGGCUAAAGUACAAUAUGCAGUGAAAAAGAACGUGGGUGGACUAAUGAUAUGGUCUGUUGAGCUUGAUGAUGAUGACCUCACAUUGUUAAAUACUGUCUAUCAAGCUCGACUUUGUGACAAAACAAACCCAAAUGAAAUUAAUCAUAAAUGCUCUCCAAUAGAUGAAAAACGCUGGUGGACAUCAGAGGAUGGAGAUGACAUGGCUGGUCUUUGUGGCCGUUCUGCACCGUUGUAUAAGGGAUAUUACCCGGUCUGUGACCCAGACGACCCAGGCUACAGCUGUUGUGGACCCGCUGGGUACUGCGGAUCAGGAGAAAAAUACUGUGACUGUCCGACUUGUAAAAACUAUGGAGAUAACCCACAAAAGAUUCUAGAGCAGCCUAUCAAACCAACUGUCCCUGUUACCUGGUAUUUUCUUAAUGCUGAAGAAGGAAAACGUGGCAGAUGUGGAAGAAAAGUAAAAAAACUCAAAGAUGUAUUUCCAACGUGUAACCCAGAUGAUGAUAAUGCAUAUUGUUGCUCCAAUGGUGGAUAUUGUGGAAGUAAACCAGAACACUGCACUUGCAACGGUUGUAUUAACUUCAAGAAAAAUAAAAACUACCGUUAUGGGCCUAAAAAGUGGUGGGAUCAGAGUGAUGGUGAAGACAAAGCAGGAAAAUGCGGCCCAAAAGUACCAAAGGUUGAUGGAAUCUACGAAGCAGAAUGUGAGCCAAAUACCAAGUUCAACUGUUGCAGUAAAAAUGGGUACUGUGGCUCCGGGCCGGAGUAUUGCGACUGUCCAGGGUGUAAAAAAUUCACUUAAAUAUCUGAUAAAAAUAACUAACAGAGUUUUAUUGAGUUAAUCAAUUUAUUUUCUAAUGUACCUUUAGAGAGAAAGCUGUUACCGUAAUGGUAUGACCUAUGUUAGAAAUUACUGUACAUUUCAGGGCCCUAAAAAGCCAAUAAAAUUGUAAUUCUUAUAUUUGUAUAAACUAAACAAUAGUGUAUAGAGUUAUCUCUAUAGACCUAAUUAUUCAUAUAGUUCCUUUGAUUUUGAUUCUAAAUGCGUCAACCAAUUCCUUCACUUGAAUGAGUUUACAAACACGGCUAAUCUACCAGUGGUGGUCCCGACCAAGAUAUGUUGUUUGUACUCUACAAAUCAGUUUAUCUCACUUUUUCCAAAAAUAUCAACGUGACACGUAUAUAACCAUUAACCAAUCAAAGACAAAGUUUAGUAAGUUAUAUUAAUAUUUCCAUCCUAGACAAAUUGUUUACUGAGGUGUUGAAAGUUAUAAACACAAAAAAUUGUCUCCAAUGUUUUCCUUAUGGAGGCAAAUGAAUUGAUGCAAGUUUGCUAGUUUAUUUAUGCAUCUUCAUCAAAUUUGACAAAUUUCUUGAUUUUAUUGUGGGCUUAAACAAAUUUUACCAGUAAGAAUUUUAUGAGAGCCUUGUAGCAGCAAACGUAAGUACUGUAUUUACUAAGUCGAUGGGUCAUUUAUCCAUAGAUUUCCUAAUGUUAUAAACGUAUUUGAAUACAAAUUAACAAUGUGAAUUCAACAGGGAAAUUGAAAAUUCCCUUAGUCUGCAAGUUGCUCCAAAAUUAUGAUUACAUACUUUAAGAAAAAGUAUCUAUCUACUAGUAGGAGUAGCAACAAGUAAAUUUCCUGAAGAAAAAUAUCACCAAUGUAAUUGAUAUUAUGGAACUAGGCCCAAGACAAAUGAAAUGUUGUAUUUCAAGGUUUCUAGAGAUUUGAUGGGUAUGUUAUUUAUGAACAAAUCUAUGAUGGUGUACUCUAAGAUCGUCUUGUCUGAGAAUAAGAGUAAAGUAUGUGUCAUAUAAUUACAAAUGUUUUGAAUUUAAUAUGAUAUACUUAUAUAAUAGUAUCCAUACUAUCUAUAGAUAUAUAGUAUCAACUUGUGUUUAGAGAGGUUAAGUUUACAAAUAAGAUAGGCUUAUGGAAAUGUUUAUGAAAACUGUUGUUAAAUAUCUUUUGAAAUAGCAUACACCCAUUGGUUGGAGAUAAUAUUGUAAAUUUGGUUUAAACUUAAAGUAAAGUGACCUUGUUCUGUUUAUAGAUCACAUACUGUAAUGCUUAUUCAUAAUAUGGCUAUUGAAAUGCAGUAAACUGUAAUUAUAGGAUAAAGUCCUCGAGUUAAAUAUUUGAUUGCAUAAAAGAUGCUGAAUAUCUUAGAAUAAUAAUUAAAGGUAGUUUUCAUUUUUUAUCAAAUUAACUAAUGUUAAAGUUUUACAUGUUCGUACAAAGAACCAAAGCCAAAAUCAUACUAAAUUAUAGCCAUAUUCCCUUGGUCAACUAAUUCAUGAAUUGAAAUAUUAUGUACAUGUUUCUUUAACAAAGCUUUUACCUAAACUUAGUUUUGUUUUUGGAAGAAUGAAGCUUUUUCAAAGGUGUUUUAAAAUGGCUGUUUGAAUAUUAUAUUAAGUAUCUUAUUGUGUAGCUUUUUUAUUGAGUAUAUCGAUUAAAAAUUAUUUCUGAACUUGUUUG